AUGGCGAGCCGCCGGAGCGCCGUCCGGCGGCUGGGUUUUUUGAUUUCCCUUUGCACUCUCUUGGUCGCGUUUAGCGGUUGCGAGGAUAUUGAGGGAACGAAGGGGAACGGCGGCGACGGGUCAGCAUCGAACGGCCAGUCGCUCGCGUCUCACAAAAAGAGCCGAGGUUCCAAGAAGGCGCCUGGCGCUCCUGAGGAGGGCAGUCUUUCACAUGCGGAGCAGGGAGCUGGUGCGACGAGUGGCGUUGUGAAUGGGGGUCGCCCGUCCGUGGGAGUCGGCAAUUCGGCAGGUCAAGACAGUCGAACGAAGCGCCACGGUCGUGAGAAAAACGCGCGCAAGGGGGGGAAAGGUCGUCGGUCUCACGAGGAGAAGGGCGGGCUGAAGGCAGGCGCCGGGUUAGACACGAGUGCAGCAGACCGGGCAAAAGACGCACGGAAUGCAGGUGCGGCAAAGCUCCUAGCGGAAGCGGGUGAAGGGGCCAGCAAGGCCUCGAGGCCACGCGCAGGAGACAAGGAAACGAGUUCCGGGGAGGAAACAACCUCGUCAGAACAGAGCGACGACGGCAAGAAUGCCAGGCGCAAGAGUUCAGGACGAGGGACCGGAGCGCCUCGGACUGCCGGGGGAACGGCUGCCAGCGGGCCAUCGCGAGACGGCGCAUCGAGAGAGGCGUCGGAGAAACAUCCGGCCCCAGCUGACCAGCAGCAAGUUGCCCCGGUGCGUGUCAACGCCAAAGGCUCCAAACCCUUCACUGAGCAGAAAGCGAAGAAGAUGGUCCUUGUUGUUGAUUGGUACACAAAAACCAUUGCGGCAACAAUGAACGGCCGACGCCCUCAGGAUGAAGACGCGAUGGUGGUUCACGCCCCCUUGAAGAAUUUCCCAGAUGCUCGAUUAAAGGCGAUUUUCGAUGGCCACGGAGGCUACCAGGUUUCUCGACGCUGUGUCAAUGUGGCUUCCAGUUACCUUGGUUCGAUGCCAAACCUGUCUGAAGAGUCUUUCCGUGAAACCUGCCUCCAAAUGGAUGCAGACAUGCGUGCUGACAAUUUGAAAGGAGGUUCGACAGGUUUGAUGAUUACCAUUGAGAAGGUGGAUGAUCCCACUGCUCCAGAUGGUAUCUCUUUCAACGUAUACGCGGCCAAUGUCGGAGACAGUCGAGGUCUCAUUGUUCACCAGGAUGGAACGUACACAAUUAUGUCGAAGGACCACAAACCGACGGCGGAAAUCGAGAGAGAGCGAAUUCAGCGGGCUGGAGGCUUCCUGCUACGCCGUAUGGGUGUUUGGCGCGCCCUCAAAGACCGCGAUGACCUGCACCCGAAUGAGCAGAAGAUCGUGGCUGUGCCAGACCUCAACGUGUUCAGAGCUCUGCCCGGCGACAUUGUCCUUAUGGGCUGUGACGGUAUCUUUGAACGACCAGAAAUGAAUUGGCAAUUUGUUGCUGAUCUCCUCAGUGUGGAAAUGGAGAAGACCGGAGGAGGACUUGCAGAAGUCGCCUACAGAAUCUUAGAAACUGCGUUCAUGCUCGGAAGCAGGGACAACGUCAGCAUAAUGAUUACCAAGCUGGUGAAAAGGCCUGUAAAGAAUACGGAAGUUAAACGCUUCGACUACAGUUUCACAGGCGAACGCGUUGUGUUGCGUAGUGAAGUUCUAACGCAUAAGCCCACGGACGAUAAAAGCGGUCGCUAUGGCACGGGGAAGGACAUGCUUGUAACAUUGUUCUAA